AUGAAGAGUUUAAGGUUCCAUUUCUAUUUAUUGAUUUUGUAUGCAAGCAUUAUUAUCCCAACUAAAUGUUUUGGUAACAUCUGCCUGCAAAAGGAUCAUGUUGCCUUAUUCAUUUUCGGGGAUUCACUAGUUGAUGUUGGAACCAAUAACUAUAUCGAUACCCUUACUGAUAACCGGGCAAAUAUUCCACCUUAUGGGGAAACCUUCUUCAAGUACCCAACUGGGAGAGCUUCAAAUGGCCGUCUAAUUCCAGAUUUCCUGGCUGAGUAUGCAAACUUGGAGCUAAUUCCUCCAUAUCUACAUCCUGGUUAUCAUCGGUACGUUGAUGGGGCUAACUUUGCAUCAGGUGGAGCUGGUACUCUUGAUGAAACUCGUCAAGGAUUGGUGGUCGCCCUAAAUACUCAACUUAAAUAUUUCAAGAAGCUGGAUACUCUGUUGAAGCAAAGACUAGGUGAAAAAGAAGCCAAGAAAUUGUUGUCAAUAGCUGUUUACUUAACUAGCGUUGGAAGCAACGAUUACCUUUUCCGCUUUACCUCAAACUCCAGUGUAUACUCUCCAAAAGAAUAUGUAAAUUUGGUAAUUGGUAACUUAACAACUGUGAUCGAGGAAAUAUAUAAGAAAGGAGGAAGAAAACAUGUGUUCCUAAACCUGCACCCUUUGGGUUGUCUCCCGUUUGUGAAAGCAAUAAAACCAGAAAACGCCAAUCCAUGCGUGGAGGAAGUAACAUCAAUUACGAAACUACACAAUAAAGCACUUCCUAAAGCCCUUAAGAAGCUAAAGAGUGAACUGAGAGGACUCAAAUAUUCAAUAGCCGAUUUCUACACUUUUCUUGGUGAAAGAAUAGUUAAUCCUUCAAAAUAUGGUUUUAAAGAAGGGAAGAUUUCAUGUUGUGGAACUGGUCCAUAUAAUGGAAUUUAUAGUUGCGGAGGAAAGAGAGCAGUUGGUCCUAAGUACGAAUUAUGUAGGAACAUUAGUGACUAUGUGUUCUUUGAUGCUCCUCAUCCUUCCGAAAAGGUCUACCAGCAAUUCACAGAGCAAAUUUGGAGUGGAACUCCCAAUGUCAUACAACCUCAUAGUCUCAAAGAGUUGUUUGAUCAUUGA